CUCUCUCCAGAGUGCGCCUGGCCAAUGCGACGUACGCACCAUCAACUACAUCACGCACGCGCUGCCGUCGCAAUGUCUCAAGACCUCAUGGACGGACUCAAUACCGGCUCCGACCAAGUUUCCAAUCACAGGUGACUACUAUGACGUUGCAGAGCAUGUCACGCAAUCCGCCGUCGAGGACCAGGCCUCGUCGUCCGCCGCUACACAAAACGACACGUUGAGCAAGACAUCUUCGGGCGAUACCUUGGCGACACCGUUUAUGUCAUUUGAGGACUGGAAGGAGAUGAUGCUACGGGAAACCGGCCAGGACCCCCAGGACUUACAUCUUCGGAACUCUAGCGGACGCCAGAAAGGUGACAGAUCAUCCCCCGACAUGGAGGAGGGACUGGGCGAAGAAGGGGAGAUAUCCCUAACCUUUGAUGAUUACGGCGACGGCGACGGAACUCGACCUGCUACCUACACGGACUCGGCAAACUCAAAUAAGGGCGACGAUGUCGACGAGGCCCUGGUAUCCAAGGAGGGGAAAGCGCCCAUCCACCGAAGCAAAGACGCUGGCCAAACUUGCAAAGAACGCUUUUCAUACUCCUCUUUCGAUGCGGGCGCCACCAUUUUGAAAGCAGGCCCGCAAGCGAAAAAUGCAAAAGCCAUUCUAGUGGAAAACAAGGACUCCUAUAUGCUUCUCGAAUGCGCUGCGCAAAACAAGUAUGUGAUCGUCGAGCUUAGCGACGAUAUCCUUAUCGACACCAUCGUCAUCGCCAACUUUGAAUUCUUCUCAAGCAUGGUUCGUCAUUUCCGGGUUAGUGUGAGUGACCGAUAUCCCGUGAAAAUGGAAAAAUGGAGAGAGAUUGGAAUAUUCGAAGCCGCAAACUCGCGUGAUAUCCAGGCGUUUCUUGUGCAGAACCCCCAGAUCUGGGCGAAAUAUAUCAGACUUGAGUUCCUAACUCACUACGGGAACGAGUACUACUGCCCAGUUUCGCUACUCCGAGUGCAUGGCUCGAGGAUGCUCGACUCCUGGAAAGAUAGUGAGACGGGUCGAGAAGAUGAGGCUCAUGAAGAGGAGGAGGUUGAAGAAGAGAUUCUUUCAAUUCCCACUGCUACUGUUAUGCCAUCACCCGCGGCUGUUGAAACCGCCCCUGAGACCAGAAAGGAUGAGGAGACGAUUCUGGCGCCCACGAGCACCUCUCUGCUCCCAUUAGACAAAGGCCCAUUUUACCAUUUAACGGCAACAUGUGCCGCAUCGCCAACAUUGGCAGCGGAUGGCAAAUCAGGGGAUCUGGGAUUCGCAACAGCUAGUGAAGGAGUCAAACGUCAAAUCAAAGACGGUACCCUGGAAUCAAAUUAUGCAUCUGCGGAUUCUCCAAGAUCAAAUGCCACGCAAGCCCGUGAUCCCCCUACUACGCCGCCCUUGAAGCAGACAGACUCUUCCAAGCCAGCUGCCGAGAAUGCCCAAAUCCCGGCCGAGUCUGUAGACGCCGCCGGGUCAGGUUCAGGGACAGGCUCAGGGACGGGAAAACCUCGAAGUACCUCAAGUGCCUCCGCUGCCACACCAACCGUGCAGGGAAGUUUCUUCAAUUCCAUCACCAAGCGCUUGCAGCAAGUCGAGUCCAAUCUCACCCUGUCGCUCAAAUACGUCGAGGACCAGUCGCGGCUCAUGCAGGACGCCUUGCAGAAAACAGAACAGAAGCAGGUGUCCAAGCUCACACGUUUCCUCGGAGACCUCAACCAUACCGUACUCGCCGAGAUGCGCAAUGUGCGCGAGCAGUACGAACAGAUCUGGCAAUCCACCGUCCUAGCUCUCGAAAGCCAGCGGGAGCAGUCUGAGCGUGACAUUGUGGCGCUGAGCACAAGACUGAAUCUCCUGGCCGACGAAGUUGUCUUCCAGAAGCGCAUGGCCAUUGUCCAGGCCAUCCUCCUGCUCUCCUGCUUGUUCCUCGUCAUCUUCUCCCGGGGAGUCCCCAUCCCUUACCUCGCGGCCUUGCAGGAACAAGCUGCCGGGAUAGCAUAU